UCAACUUUUAAUGCAUAGAGCGGCAGAAAUUUUACAGGUGUCGGUGAAAUAUCAAAAAUACUCCAAUUUUUUUCUUAAAUAAUUGGUGCCGUAAAGAGAACUGUCUGAUUUUGGCGGAAUGCCGAUGCCGUCACCCUGCAGCGCCAAGAUUUUGGUAUUUUUGCUCUCGGAAAGCAACAUUAAUUUGGUGAAGUGAAACUGUUGAAGAAAACCGUACAAUAAAGGAUGACUCACGUUAGAACGGGCCGGGUCCGGGCCGAAGCUUCUAGUUCUUCGUUUUUUAUGGAAAGCAUCACGUGAUCACCGUUCAUCUGUCAUAGAAAAAUAAGCGCUGGAAGCUCCGGCCCAAACCCGGCCCGUUCUAACGUGAGUCAUCCUUAAUGAUAUGAUGUUUUGUAAAGUUGGUUUGAUUUCGUUCUUACUAGACACUACGCUCCUACCUAGUCCUAUUAUCAAAUACUAGGCGAAUAAUUAGUGUAUCACAGCUAAGUUGUAAUUAAAUUAGCUAACCUCAUUAGAAUGCAGCAAUAUUACAAUGAUCAUCUCACGCCGAAUGCCUCCCUGCCUCAAUCAAAGGCUUUCGGGACCGCAAAUCACUGCGGGACCACUCCCUCCUAAAUCUGGCCCCGCCCCUCCGCGCACGCGCCGCCCCGACCAAUGAGAGAGCCCAAACUCCCCCCACCCCCCCCCCAAAUCAUGCUCCCUCAAUUGACCGCUCUAUGCGAUGUCAUUUUUUUUUCCCGCCAAACCGAUCGUUUGAGCGCCCCGCCUUCCAAUUUUAAAAUGCGCUUUUAAUCAUAAACCGCAAUCGCGUCGCAGCGGCCAGUCGUAACCGUUAAUAGAGUCGAGUUCAUUAAAAAAAAAUGUAAGCGUUCUAAAUUUGAAAUGUGAAUUUGUGGAAAAUGGAGCGUCCAUCAGUGUAUCCAGCGAAUUUAACGGAUUUGUUAGCUGUGUCGUAUCAAGAUGGUUUCGAUCGGUCAUCGCCUGUGUCGACAGAAGAAGACAGCCAGUUCGGGGUGGAUUUGACAGGGAAGACUAGUUUGGCGGGCAAGUCGUUUACCAUCGCUGCCAUUUUGGGACUGUCGGGGGCAGAGCAGGAUGCGAUGAAUUUGAGUGUGGAGCGGCUGAGGAGCCCACAGCUGGGCUACUGGGCUGGGCAGGAGAUCCAGAGGCUCAAUGAGGGGCUCUGUAGGAGCAUGGCGCCGUCGGGGCUCCGGCAAGACAGCCCCCGGCCGGAGACGAGGCCGCCGCAGCUGAAGCCCCCGCGCAGCCACGCACUCUCCUGUACUAGCAGUUCCGGGCGAAGCAAACGCAUCAGAACGAUCUUCACUCCGGAGCAGCUGGAACGGCUGGAGGCAGAGUUCGAACGGCAGCAAUAUAUGGUCGGCCCCGAGCGGCUGUACCUCGCACAUGCGCUCCAGCUCACAGAAGCACAGGUGAAGGUGUGGUUCCAAAACAGACGCAUCAAGUGGCGCAAGCACCACCUUGAGGUGACGCAGCAGCGGCUAGCUGUGCUGCAGAGACACAGACCUGACGGAGACGAGGACCUGUAAUUCCAGCAUUACCAGGGUUAAUAACUAGGACAGAUAGUGACACAAGCACCGCCUGGACGUGACUCAACAUCGGCUAGACUUGCCGCAGAGACACAGAUGAAGGAGAUGAAGACUUGUAAUUUAUCGCCACGCAACGGACUAACAGCCAAGUAUUGACAUACGCAUCACCUAGACAUCAUGGAGUAAUGGCUAAAUGUUUUGCAUCAACACAGAGCUGACAGAAACGAAGACCAUACAGGUCUUAGAGUUACUUGAGUCACUAGAUUUAUAUGCUGUAUGAACAGAAGGAUGGUUUAAGAGGACCUGUAAUCCAAUGAAAAGUAGCCGGCAUCUUGUGGCCUGACUGAAACGAGGACCUGUACGACGAAAGCACCAAAAAGAGCUGACAUAGCAACGGAUGACCCUGCUUGUGACUAUAAUCAGACUAAGAAAAGUAAUGCUCCUAAUGGCUGGCGGAGAAUUACAACGAAACGAGUGGUUAUUUAUUAGUCCUUUAGGACCAACGUGGAAAAAUUAUGUGUACAUUGUGUUGGUGCGAAAAUUGACUGUAUAACAUGUGAGAACAUUAAAAGUGAUUUAAAAUUAUAAGUGGACUAGUGUAGUAAAUAUGGUAAGGUGGGAAAUCUAGGUGUUUAGAACGUAAGAACUUUAAAAAGUGUUACUUUCGACACAUGGGAACAUUAUUUGCGUUAAUAAUUUGAAUGUAACCUAAGAUUUAAGCAUAGUUUACAUUUGGCUUGCUACACUAUAAAUUUGUUUUUUCAUAUACCUACACAACAUUAUCUUUUAUCAGUUGUAUCAAACACCCAGUUUGCUUAUUGGGCCAAUGUAGGCGAAUCUAAAAGCAUGUCCAGACCAGGGGGCCUACCGCGAAAACCGAAAUUCGCCAAUUGCGGGGAUUUUUCUCUUUUACGCACACUAAGACUUAAUUAGAGUGAGAGAGAAAAAUGCCCACCAUUGACGAACUUCGAUUUUCACGGUUAUAGCCCAGACAAUGCCAGCCCGGGACAAUGAAAUCGCCAAUUUGAUCAGAAAUUAAAUUGACAAUUUGAUUGUCAAUCUCAUCUAGCGUCCACACAUACACUAUUUCGUAGAGUCAGAUAAGUUGGCAGCGAUUUGGAUAGCCCAGACGGUGCAAGUGUCAAGUAAACGUCAUAAUUUUAUAGAAGCUUUACGUUUAAAAUAACCCGAGCACCGCCUGGGCUAUCCAAAUCGCAGCCAACUUAUCUUGGUUUGCCUCCAGUGGAAUCGGCGAGCCAAUGUCCAAUAUUUUUAUUGUGCUAAAAAUUGCUUAGUUAGCUUAGAUGGCCGAGGAGGCAACGGAAUUUAUACCAUUCUCCUUAUUCGGUCAAAUUUUCAUAGAAAUUUGACAUUAAUUAUGACAUUACACACUUUGUCAUUGCAGAGUAAGCGUGGUCCGACUCUAGGUCCUCUGAAGUCUACCACUUUAAAAUCCUUUUCGAGUGUUGCAAGCCUCAUAUCUUAUUUAAUACAUAGUUAUAUGUAUUGGUAGUGUAAACUAGCGAAAAAUACAAUCAAAUUAUCACCAUUUACCAAGUUAUUGAGAAAUCUGUAGUCUUUUUUUCGUUUCGUCGUUCGCAUGUUAAGUCAUCAUUUAUCGGGUUCCUAACAUUUAUCCCGGCAUUUUUGACACAACUUACUUUUGGUAACUGUGGUUACCAGCUGUCACCCUUAUUUAAUUAUAAUAGGGAGCCUGCAUGAACUGUAGGAGGCAGCACAGGAGCCGUCAGAUUUUUGGCGCGAGGCGUAAAUGUGAUGUUUAUUGUUCCAAUGUAGCCCACAAGAUGGCAGAACUUACUAUGCACAAGAAAACACGUGAUGUGUAAAUUUACAUGUUUAUUGUUCCGAUUCAGCCCAAAAGAUGGCAGACCCUCCAACGCGCACGGUCC